UUCUUUGGACAAGUGUUUAAGGUUACAACGAGGGACACUGAAGAGGUUAUGGUGUUGAAGGAGUUGUAUAGAGUCGAUGAGGAAGCACAGAAGAACUUUUUAAAAGAGGUGGCUGUUUUGAGGAGUUUACAUCAUAAUAACGUGCUGAGAUUCAUCGGGGUGUUGUAUAAAGAGCGCAAGUUGCAUUUGGUGACUGAAUACAUCGCCGGCGGGACGCUAACCGAACUUUUACACGAUGACAAGCAGAUUUUGGCGUGGCAACAGCGCGUGUCAUUCGCCAGGGACAUUGCGGCUGGUAUGGCGUAUCUACAUUCGAUGAAUAUUAUACAUCGUGACUUGAAUUCGCAUAAUUGUUUGGUUAGAGAGGAUAAGACUGUGAUUGUUGCUGAUUUUGGUCUGGCACGUAUAAUAUCACAGAAUACCGAUAGUAUACGACGUUCACCGAAUCACAAGUGUAAUAAUCAACAGAAACGCAAUGAGAGGAAGAAACGUUACACAGUUGUGGGUAAUCCAUACUGGAUGGCACCGGAAAUGAUGAAGGGGAAUAAAUAUGAUGAAAAGUUUGAUAUAUUUAGCUUCGGUAUUGUUUGCUGUGAGAUUAUUGGUAGGGUACAAGCGGAUCCGGAUUUUUUACCCAGGAGUAAUGAUUUCGGGCUGAAUCAGAGUGAUUUCCGGGAAAAGUUCUGUGCUAGUUGUCCGGAACCUUUCUUUCAAGUCGCCUUCCUCAGUACGGAUCUUAAUCCGGAUAAACGGCCGCCUUUUGAGGUUAUAGAAGUGUGGUUAGAAUCACUUGCAAUUCACCUGUCAGUUGGAUGUCCGUUACCAGCGGAUUUAUUGUUUGAUAUACAACAUUUCAAAGGUAUAAGUCCUGCUUCCAGUGGCAGUAAUACUCCGGAAGGUGGCGCUGGCGCUGGUACUGGUGGGCAUCGUAGUCCAGUCGCUCUGCAACCAAUCACCGAAGGUAAACUCAUCGUGGAUAACAUUUCCAAGUCACGCAGCUCGGAUUGUAUCAAACCGCUGGAUUCCAACCUCAAAAAGAAGCCGAAGACGAUUUUGAAGCGUGCGUUGGCUACGCAUGCGCAUACACCCUGCGCCAUGUUGGGCACGCUGUCAAAAAGCGUGGAAAAUUGUUCUCUGCAUUCAUCCACGAAUGAUUUCGAUGAAUUCUGUACGAAAUCAUGCGAUGAUUUUAGUAAUACUUUAGUUAUUGAUAAAACAAUGACUAAUCAAGAGUUUCCUAAUUAUGAAAACAUAGAUUUUUUAAAGAACGACGCUGCGUAUGUAAACGAAUCGGAUAAAACCCACAAACAGAGUUUAUGCCCUGUAAAACUUAAAAAACAAGCAAUUGUACAACCUGUUGAGAAUAACCUCAAAGAUAUCAAGGAUCAUCGUCAGUCACUACGAAAAGUCCCCAAGAAUUUCACGCGGAAUCGAUUUUUAAAGACGCAGCACCUCGAUAGGUUAGAAGAAGGUUGUGUCAAGGACAAACUGUCAACUUGUGGUAAACGCAGUACUUUAGAGGUUACAAAACCUCAAAAACAGAAAAAACCACAAACUAUACAGCCGUUAACUAAAGUACAAAACAAAGUAUCAUCCAAUACGCUGAAUAAGAACAUAUUUAAGCAAAACGACGCGAAUACAAUGACAUCUCAACAGAUUGAGGUUAUAGAAGAGGAGCCAUUGCUGCGCAGUUUACGGAAAUCACCGAAAAUGUUGGAUUUGACAGGCACACCACGGUUUCUACAACGAAAAGCAUUCACACCGGUAUUACCACGACGGUUUUUCGAUACUUUUAAAGAUAUUAACGCGAAAGAUGUAAAUCUAACCUCAAAAAACGAUAAAAAAGAAAGUUUGGGUUGUACAGGCACUGCAGGUCAUUCAAUUGUCAAAAAUUUAGUCGAGAGUUUCAAUCGGAAGGAAGCUAGUUAUGAUUUCAUGCGCGGGCCGAAAUAUGGUAGGGGUAGUUUAAAGAUGGCGGCGAAAAACAGCGAAUUCUCGCAGUUGUAAAUCAUUACCGGGGUGGAAAUCAUUAAACAUUCAAUACUGUGAUGUGUCAAAGCAUUCCAAAUUGUGAUUUGUUCAUUACUCGUUUAACAAUUGUUUAUUAUUAAUUAAUUAGGCGUACAUUUAAUGCGUAAUAUAAAUUGUAAGCGUUGGACUAAUAAUUCUGUGAUAUUUUGCCCUGUAUAAUGAUGUAUCUAAUACACUUUGUAGAUUUUUAGGUUAUUAAUACGUUUCGGUUAGCUUAGAGCAGGUUUUUGUACAGUUUUGUAUAGAAAAUCAAUAGACGUAGACAUUUUUGACAUUAACAAAUGCAAUAAACUGAUUCCGGAAUA